CCACGACCACAGCACCGGCAACCCGGCCUGCGACGUCUGGAGAUUCCCUCCAUCAACGCUAGGCGCGCCACCGAAUAGACAGAUUGAUUUCAACACUAUUGUAGGAAACCUUCACUCCAUUCAUUGACAAUGUUUUGAUCUCAAUCUGAUGUGUACAUGAUCGUGCUAAUUUAGAAUCUUUAUUUUAACUAAACUCCCUAUCAAAAGUAGGAUUUAUAUAUAAUGAAUUGAUUAGUCAGUGCCUAAUAGUCGUCUCCUGAAUUACAGAUAAAAUUCCGACUAGUAAAUGCUGUAGAAGUACCCUAAAUUAAUCGCUAUUUUCAUUCGUAACUUGGUUGAAUUUGAUGCCUAAAAUUGUCAUUAUUUCUCUAAAUUAGAACUAUACACUAUUAUACUACGGUAAGCUAUCUAUAACACCUCAAAUUGUGCUAAAGAUAUAUUAUAUUGCUAUAUUAAUCCCAGCAGACAGAUAUCGAUGAAAAUUGGAUUGUUCCUUGUGAAUUUGGCAUAAAAAAAGCACUAUUAAAUGUAAGUAGUACAAUAACAUGCUAUCAGAAAAUGGUAAUAAUGAUAGAACCUGUUCCAGCUUGAAGCAUUUCAAAAUAAAGUUGCUAUCAAGAAUAGUGCCAAGUUUGUUUGACGCAACAAACUUCAAGAUUUAAUAUCGAUAUGGAUGCCCAGCACCAAACAGCCACCCCGCCACCACGACCUGGGUACAGUUGCGUUGCCUGUAAGCGCCCGGAUUCGGCCGAUAAUAUCGUAGCCUGCGAUACAUGCAGUCUUUGGUGGCAUUACACAUGCGCCGGUGUCACCGAUUCGGUAAGAGACCAGGAGUGGACAUGUAGGAGAUGCCUACCAGCUCCCACGGUACCACAGUCGGUACGAUCCACUACGUCGAGUCGCAGAGCCAUCCUCCAAAUGAAACGGCUGGCUGAGCAGCAAGAACUAGAGAGAAAGCAGCUGGAAUUGGAGAGGAAACAGUUGGAACUUCAGAAGAAGCACUCGCAGGAGAAAUUCGAUCUGGAAGAGACGUUAGCGGAAGAGGAAGACAAUCGUAGUGUCAGAAGCCGCGUGAUCGAGAUUGAGUCUCGAGAGAAGCAGGUAUCCACAUGGAUUGAUCAGCAUACCCCCGCAACCAACCAACCGGUCGUCCCAGCUUCGCAUGUGGCAGCGCUUACUGAGCUUCCACAGCCGAUGCAGCCGCUGAUCAACAAUCUACCGGAUGAGGAACAAGGAGCUGUAGGAGGAUAUGAUUGUUUGAGACAGCCAGACCCCCAGAAAGCUACCACGCCCACCGAUGAAGUGACGAUCGAGCGAGCUGUGCAAUCAGGUUUUCAACGACUGCAGCAGCAGCUGGCACAGUGCCAACAACAGCCAGAACCGACACUUGCACAGAUUCAAGAUCUGGAGGCACAAUUGCAGAGAUUUCGGAUUCAACUACAGCAGCGAAACCAGUCAACUCCUCUCAAGCUACCUGUGCCAAGCACGAGUAAAGGUGCGAUUCCCAAAGCGCAAUGUAUAACGCAGACGAACAGGACGCGAGAAUCAGUUGAGAAGCAGACAGAUCCUCUUGUAGAUCAGCACGGCAGAGACACUGUUCCUCUAGCUAAAUCGGUUCCGAUGGCAGCUCCAUUAGAGCAAUCGCGACAGGUAAUAUUCUCGAAUCGUUCUGCCAGCAAUCUGAUUUCAAACGAGCAACCGCGUUCCCAUCAAGCGCGAUCGGAUCUUCUUCCACAUGAAACAGAUUCAUACGAGCAGCCGCGUACGCUUCACGCGCCCUCGAACAUUCUUCCUCCAGGAUCGGAUCCAUUCAGACAGCAGCACUCGGCGCAGUUCAACUAUUACGAUGCUCCAGGCAAUUCGAGCUCACUUGCGCAGCCGCAGGUCUAUUCUGCACCGUCGAGUUUCCCAGCUGUAUUACCGACCGCCGUUCUACGUCGACCAUCCCAAGAACAACUCGCUGCAAGACAGGUGAUGCCACGCGAUCUGCCCGAGUUCUCAGGUGACCCAGAAGAAUGGCCGAUAUUCUUUAGCAGUUUCACUAACUCCACGGCCGCUUGUGGGUUCAGUAAUGUGGAGAAUCUCGCCCGCCUGCAACGCUGCCUGAAAGGUAGCGCCUUGAAGUCAGUGCGAUACUAUCUCCUAUCACCUGACUCCGUUCCGGAUGUGAUGGACACACUACGAACGUUGUAUGGACGCCCGGAGGUUAUUAUCAACAGGCUUAUUCGAACCGUGCGCGAGACGCCAAAUCCCAAGUCCGAGAGAUUGGACUCUCUAAUUGACUUCGGAAUGUCCGUCAGAAACCUGACCCAACAUCUGGUUGCAGCCGGCCAGCAAGCGCACCUGGCGAACCCGGCGCUGCUUCAAGAAUUAGUUGAAAAACUACCAGCCAACGUGAAAUUGCAGUGGGCGCAGCAUUUGUCAUUUCGCCCUGAUGCAAGUUUGCGGAAUUUUAGCGAUUUUAUGUCAACAAUAGUUGAGUCGGUUAGCAAAGUGGUUAUUUUUUCCGGCGGACAGCAGGACAAGUCGCGGAGCAAAGACAAAAGUUUCGUCCAUGCACACGCUGAGCAACCAACAUCGGGUAACGCAGUGAAAGACAAAACGGAGCAGGAUAAAGUUUGUCUAUUCUGCGGAAAAGCUGGUCAUCGGAUAAAAGACUGCACUAAGUUCCAAAAACUCGCAGUAGACGAUCGAUGGAAAAAUGUGCAGAUGCUGAAGGUUUGCAGAACUUGUCUUAAUCUACACGGGCGACGCACGUGCCGCAUUUCAAGUCGAUGUGGGAUAGACGGUUGCCAAUUCCGUCACCAUCAACUGCUACACCAGAAGAGCGAAGAAAUCAACAAGAAGACGCCGGAAGUCAGGAGGACAGAAGAUCAUGCACACCACCAUCAUGAGCAGUCCAUUCUGUUCCGCAUCAUUCCCAUAAAAAUCCAUGGGACUACAAAAUCCGUCAAUGCGUUUGCCUUUUUGGACGAAGGCUCUUCCGCAACGCUCGUCGAGCGCAGCUUAGUUGAAGAACUUGGGAUUGAAGGUCCAAACGUCCCGCUCUGUCUCAAGUGGACGGCAAAUAUGACCAGAAACGAAGAAGAAUCGCAGGUAGUAUCAUUGGAGGUAUCUGGAGUUGAUCAGAAGAAUCGGCUCCACCUAGUGAACGUCCGCACCGUAGAAAGUUUGAACCUACCAACUCAAACGCUCCGCUUCGAUGAACUUCAAAAGGACCACCCUCAUCUGAAAGGCCUUCCAAUCCAUAACUACGAGAACGCUACUCCUAAGCUCCUUGUAGGCCUUCGAAAUUUGCAGUUUGCAGUACCGCUGAAAGUCAAACAAGGACGAAGCGGUGUCAUAGCGACCAAAACGCGUUUGGGAUGGUGCGUAUACGGCAGUCUGGACGAGGUGCAAAACAACGCGGAGUUCAGCUACCACGUGUGUGAAUGUGAAGCCGAAGAGAAGCUGGAGCAACUAGUUAAAGAAUACUUCAAUGCUGAAGACUGUGGAGUACGCCAUCAGGAUAUCCUGGAGUCCGAUGCCGAAACGCGAGCACGGAAGAUCAUGGAAGCGACGACAAGCAGGAUAGGAAACCGUUUUGAAACCGGGCUUGUGUGGAAGACAGACAUCGUGGAGUUUCCUGACAGCUUUCCGAUGGCGUUACGCCGUCUGCAGUGCCUCGAGAGGCACAUGGAUAAAGACCCACUUCUAAAAGAGAACAUCCACCGUCAAGUGCAGGAAUACCAACAAAAGGGCUUUGCACACCUAGCAACAGAAGACGAGCUUGCCGAGGUAGAUCCCAGGCGGAUCUGGUAUCUUCCGUUAGGAGCAGUCUACAACCCCAAAAAACCGGGGAAGGUACGAUUAAUCUGGGACGCAGCGGCAAAAGUAGACGGAAUCUCGUUGAACUCCCUUCUGCUACCCGGCCCGGACCUUCUUGUAUCGUUGGUAUCGGUGCAGUUUCUUUUUCGUCAAUAUCCAGUCGCCGUCAGUGGAGACAUCAAAGAGAUGUUCCACCAGACGAGAGUUAUCGAACGUGACCGACCUUCUCAAAGCUUCCUGUUCCGCAGCAACCCGUUACAAAAGCCAGACGUCUAUAUAAUGGACGUGUUAACCUUCGGAGCAACCAGCUCUCCAACGUCAGCUCAAUUCGUUAAGAACCGAAAUGCACAGGAGUUUGCCGACGAGUUCCCGAGAGCUGCUGAUGCCAUAAUCAAACGGCAUUACGUCGACGAUUAUCUCGACAGUUUUGAGACAAUCGACGAGGCGAAGACGGUUUCUGGCGAGGUUAAGGCAGUACUGGAUCACUUGGGAGAAGCUCCGAAACAGGAAACGAUAGAUUUAUCCUUGCAGUCGAAAACGGAGCGUGUGCUGGGAAUGCUGUGGUGCACAAGAGAGGACGUGCUAUGCUUCUCUACAGUCUUCAAGGACGAAAUCGCGAUGCUGAUUGAAACGGGAACGAAACCGACUAAACGCCAGGUACUCAAAUGUAUCAUGAGUCUGUUUGACCCGUUAGGCCUACUGGCGUGCGUCCUAGUACACGGAAAGGUAAUAAUGCAGAGCAUAUGGCGUAGCGGCAUCAAAUGA